CACGCGUACGGAGCUGUGCAAAGUGAAAGGAAGGAGGAAAUAUACCUCCUUCUGAAGAGGUACGCGGAGUGACGGAGGAGGAACGGCACGCUGCUCGCUCUGGAGUGGUUGUACGACGACCUCUGCUGUAGAGGGGCUGAUGAUGUCAGGGGUGGAUACGAUAGUCAGGACGUCCUCUGCUUGGACUUCUACUUCGACACCGCCGCCGGCAUCCAAGCGCGCCAGAGGGGACAGAGAUAGAGCGAGUGCAAGAGUCGCUAGCGGGGUGCCUUUGAAGCUUGAACAGAUCAGCACCCUCACGGACGCAGUCGCGAUCGCCUACAUGAAAGCCAUAGGGCUGAAGUUGACAUGCAACGUUGCACUCAAGCAGAAGAAACUACAGGACUUUUUCGAAAGCAACAAUAUUUCAGAGUACAGGUACUCUCCUUCAAGGCCUGAGACCUCGCCCGCGCCCGCUGUAGGACCCGCCAGUGGGCACAUGUCAAUCUGAGGGUUGUGGACUCGAAAUAUCUGCUGAUGUUGAGUUGUUGUAGAUAUAUUUAUCGGCGGAACCUGCUCUUUCUCCACCUUUGAGCCAGAUAAUUGAGUAUUA